CAUAAAUCCAAAUACGGAGUAGUAAACACUUCGGCUCAUGACAGAUACAGUUUGAUAGUCAAACUCCAUUUAUGCAUAUGACUCUCCCUUAUCCGCUCUACCGCUCCCUCUAGAAUUCUAGGGUUUCUCUUCUUCGUCUCUGAGAAGCAGGAACCUUUUCUUCUUCAAUUGCCUCGGAACAUCUCUUUUUUGGUCGCCUUGAUUUUGUUUAUUGCUGUUAUUCAUUGUACCCGAGUGUCCAUUACACACUCCACCGCCACUAUCUCAGUAACGUUUUUUAUUUUCUUGAUCAUUAAUUUCAUUACAAUACACUAGUUGCUUCGUCUAGUUGAUGGACAAAAUUGAGAUUCAUGAAAAAGAUUCCGAUGAAGUUGACGGGUCCCCCAAGAAUGCGGCAAGAAAUUCAGGUAAGACUAGCGAAUUGAAGAGCCCCAGUGAAGAUGCAUCCCAAAAGGCCAAGAUAUGUGACUCGAUUAUCGACGUGUCUGGGAAAAGUUUCGACUUUCCUUUGCUGGAAUGCUCCCUAGGGGAAAUAGAUGAGCUGUACAUGUACAAGAACACGUUCAACUUGAUUCCCAAAGUGAAUGGAGGCCUAGAGAGGUUGAAGACGCUCAAGUUCUUCGCCAACGAUGUGAAUUUGUUCCAGCCCGGGGAGCUGAAGAACUUGGUUGAGCUUGAGUGUUUGCAAGUGAAGGUGGCGUUGCCAGGCUUAAGCGGGUUGGAUCUGCAGCAGCUGAAGGGAUUGAAAGAACUUGAGCUCUGUAAAGUACCCCCAAAGCCUUCCGCUUUACCAAUUUUUAGGGAUAUCACUGGGCUUAAACGGCUAACAAAGCUCUCUGUUUGCCACUUUUCCAUUAGAUACCUCCCCCCAGAGAUAGGCUAUCUUGUCAAUCUGGAGUUUCUAGAUCUUUCAUUCAACAAGAUGAAGAAUUUACCUACUGAAAUAACUAAUCUCAAUUCGCUAUUGUCGCUGAAAGUUGCUAAUAACAAAUUGGUUGGCCUUCCUUCGGGCUUGUCUUCUCUACAAAGACUGGAAGUUUUGGAUCUUUCUCACAACAGAUUGAUGUCCAUGGGAAAUCUUGAACUUGGUUUAAUGCAUAAUCUUCAAAGGCUCAAUCUUCAGGAUAAUAGACUUCUCGAAUGUUGCAAUAUACCAUCAUGGAUUUGCUGCAAUUUGGAGGGAAGUUGCUCGGAUGAUUUGCUCAGUUCAUCUACGGAAAUGGAUGUUCUUGAAGGUGCCUUUGAAGAGAAUAAUUGUGGUAACAAACUAGGCUCUUCUAUUACAUCAUCUUCUUACUCAACGGGCUCCGCACCAAAUAGUAGAUGCUUUGGGCCACGAAAAUCUAAGCGAUGGAAACGGCGACAGUAUUUGCAGCAGAAAGCACGCCAAGAACGACUAAACAACCUCAGAAAGUGGAGAGUGGAAAACCAAUGUGCAAUACAGCAAACUUCAAAACAAUGUCUUGAUUGUGAACAUCCUGCACCUACAAUUGUGGGUACUGAUUCUAGCAAGGAGGAAGUAUCAUUUCAUUCUGACAACAUAAGUUCUCUUACGUUUGUUGAUGAUGAUGAUAUUGAGUUGAAGAAAGAUAACACAGAAAAAUGUUCAUGUGUUGCGCCUAACUCGAUUGCAUUAUGCAUUGAGGUGAAGGACAACAGUAUUACAAAUGACAGACCAUCAGAAUCUGCUUCAAAUGCUGCUAAUGCACAAGAUGAAGUUUCAUCACCCGAAGUUAUUGAUAGCCCUUCCAAACCGAAGAGGCAUUUUGAUGGAGUUCUUGAAAAUCCAAAACCAAGCAAAACUCGAAGGCCUACUGAUCCUGCUAUUUUGUCACAGAAAUAUAGUGAUACGUCAUUUUGUGGCAUUGACGAUCUCCUGCCUGAUGGCUUUUAUGAUGCUGGCCGAGAUCGACCAUUUAUGCCACUAAGCUUCUAUGAGCAAACUUUGUUGCUUGGUUCACGUGAAGUUAUUCUUGUUGAUAGGCAAAGAGAUGAAGGUUUAGAUUCCAUAGUACUGCGUGCUCAGGCAUUAGUAUAUCAUUUUAGGCAGAUAAAUGGUAUCACCAAGGACAGAGGACUUGCAGCCACUGAUCACCUUCAAGUUGCAUCAUUACUUGCACUUUUUGUGUCUGAUCAUUUUGGUGGAAGUGAUAGGAGUGCUCUUAUUCAGAGAGCAAGGAAAGAUGUAUCAGGUUCAAACUAUAGGAAGCCUUUUGUGUGCACAUGCUCCACCGGAAUUGCAGACAGUAUGAUUAAGGGCGAAGAACAAAGCCUCAGCAGUUCACAAGAUAUUCUUUUACGAGAUCUUUGUGAGAGUUCUCUUAGCUCCAUAAAGUCAAAACAUCGUUCAUCUGUUGUUCCAAUCGGGAGCUUGCAGUUUGGCAUUUGUAGACACAGAGCUUUGCUUAUGAAGUAUCUUUGUGACCGGAUUGUGCCUCAUAUACCUUGUGAGCUUGUUAGGGGGUACUUGGAUUUCUCCCCUCAUGCCUGGAAUGUCAUUGUUAUUGAGUGCAGUGGCAGAUUGGUUCGGAUGAUAGUGGAUGCAUGCCACCCCCAUGACAUUAGAGAAGAAACAGAUCUAGAAUACUUGUGCAGGUAUGUUCCUUUGAGCCGAGUGAACUCUUCUCUUAAUCCUGUUGGCAGUUCUGCUUCCGUUUCUGUUCCUUCUCUUUCUACCUCGGAUGAAAUUGGAAAAGUCGCUUCUACAACUCUUAUCCAAUGUAAACUGGGAUCACAAGAGACUCUGGCAAAGGUGCGGACUUUAGAAGUACAUGGAUCAUCCAUUGAUGAAAUUCGGAGUUUUGAUUUCAAUUGUAUAGGGGAGGUCAGGAUGUUGAGUGUCUUGAAGCAUUCCUGCAUAGUAGAGAUCCAUGGUCAUCAAAUUUCUUCCAAGUGGAUUGUAGCAGAUGGAAAUAUGAAUUACCGUCUUUUGCAGUCUGCCAUUUUCAUGGAACAUGUUAAAGGAGGCUCAUUGAAGAGCUAUUUAGAGAAAGUCUCUGGAUCUGGUGAGAAGUGUCUACCAGUGGAAUUGUCACUGUUUAUUGCCAGAGAUGUAGCAUCUGCAUUGAAGGAGCUGCACUCCAGACAUAUAAUACACCGUGACAUAAAAACUGAAAAUGUUUUGAUUGACUUGGACAAGAGGAGAGAUGAUGGUACACCCACAAUAAAGUUAUGUGACUUUGAUAGAGCAAUCCCACUCCAUUCUUACUUGCAUACAUGCUGCAUUGCGCACACAGGGGUACCCCCACCUGAUGUUUGUGUUGGAACACCUCGGUGGAUGUCUCCUGAGGUAUUUCGAGCAAUGCAUGAGCACAACUUGUAUGGAUUGGAAGCUGAUAUCUGGUCAUUUGGUUGCCUCCUCUUGGAACUAUUGACCCUUCAAGUUCCAUAUGCUGGGUUGCCUGAAUCAGAUAUUCAGAGCUCUCUUCAGAUGGGCGAACGACCAAAACUAACCAAAGAGUUGGACGCCAUGGCUGAAUCCAGGGGAAAGCUCGAGGAUUUAACAGUUGGUCCCGAUUCUGGGGCUGAGCUAGACAAGCCUCAAACUGAAACGGAUCUUUUAAGAUUUCUUGUUUCUGUAUAUUAUUUGUGUACAGAGAAGAAUCCAUGUGACCGACCAACAGCUGAGGACCUUUACAAUCUGUUGCUUACUCGUGCUUGCUCUGUAGUACUUACUACCAAUUCAAGAACUCCAGCUGACUUAUAGGUUUGUUCAUUCAAUAAGCAAUAUUUUUUCCCAAUCAAGCAUUAAUUAGGUAGGGAGUUCUAAGUUUUGUAGUCGUAGGGAGUUGAUGCUAUGUUACUAUUCACCAUCAAGUUCGAAACCAUUUAUUUCGGUCGAUUUCCCAGCGUGUGCUGUAAAAUGUAUUUAUUACUUUUAUAUACUCCAUAGAAGUUGUCAUGUUAUCUUAAGUUGUCAAGUUGGUAGUGACAGGUAAGAGUUUCUUAGAGCGAAUUUAUAUGUAUCAUCUUCUGUGCGACUAUGUAAAAGAAGAAAACUAUUGUUUCAUUUAAUCUUUCCUAUGAAUCUGUAAUUUUGCUUAAAA